ACUCCAACUCAUGACCCCAAGACCAAUAGUUGCACGCUUCUCCAAUCGAGCCAGCCAGGUGCCCUAUAUUUGCCUUAUUUUAAAAUUUAUUUUUAUAUUUUAUUUACAAUUUGUAAGAAUAUUGUGUCCUAAAUUCUCAAAAUCAUUUUAGUACAUUUUCUUGCCUUCCUGUAGUGAAAGCUGGCACACAGACUAGGAAAUGUUUGUUCUCUGUAUUAGGAUUUGACAGUAGAGUUAGAACAGUUGCCCUUUUGGCCAGCUUUGGCAGAGUUAUACCAGGCUUUCUUACCAGUCAGUCAGAUACAGAAGUUGGAGGGGUACUAGUGCGGUUUGACAUUUUUCUAGGAGCUCCCAGAUUGAAGUCCCUUCUCAUGAGAAGGUGCUUAGAGUUUUUAAAGGAGGUUAUAUAAUCUUUGAAGGAGCUAUUUAUAGCCUGGAAAAAUAUUUCCACUUAAGACUAAGGUCUUUAUAAUUUUAUUUAGUUAUUAUGUGUUCAGACAGGAAGGAAACAUUUUCAACUAUAGUUUGUGCCGAGGACGUGUAAAUGACAAGAAUAUCAAGUACCACUCCUAAGUGGUGCUUAGCCCUAAAAAAAAGAUAAGGAAUUACUGUAAUAUUUCAGAUGACAGUAACUUUCAUGGAAUCACUGCAUUUGUAUUGGGUAAUAAUAACCGUAGUUGCAUAUUUUUCCAAUCACCUGAGAACCUUCUGCGGUUGCUGGAAUGUUGCCAUGAUCACAUUCUGUUGGGUAUAGAGUAAUGAACUGUGGAAUCAGUGACAACCCAAGACAGGUAGGCUUGGACCCAGGCUACCUGAGAAUUCUACAGUGUGUUGAAGCCACACUUGACAUGGACCAGAAGACUCUGAAGAAACUGGUGGACUCCAUCAGUAAUGCUGUCAAAAACUUCAAAAAAAUUGAAGUAGAGUGUCUCAUAAGACUUUUUCACAGCUUGGUGGAAAGAGCUAAUGUAAGACUUAAUAACCUUGGACUAGAUCGUAAUGCAUUUCGAGCGAUCCUGCACAGCGUAUUUGGAAUGACUGACGAUAUGCUAAUGAACAGGGUAUUUUUUGCAUUUGACAAAGACCAUGAUAACUGCAUAAAUGUGAAAGAGUGGGUUAAAGGAUUAUCAGUGUUUCUUCGAGGGACUUUUGAAGAAAAGCUGAAGUUCUGUUUUGAAGUUUACUAUUUGAAUGGUGAUGGUUACAUUUCUCGAGAAGAGAUAUUUGACAUGUUGAAGAACAGUCUACACCAACAGCCAUCUGAAGAAGAGACUGAUGAAGGAAUAAAAGAGUUGGUAGAUAUAACACUGAAAAAAAUGGAUUAUGACAACGAUGGCAAGAUAUCUUUUGUGGACUUUGAAAGAGCAGUUAGAGAAGAAAGACUUUUGUUGGAGGUGUUUGGACCAUGUUUACCAGAUGCAAAGAGUUGUAUUGAGUUUGAAGCCCUGGCGUUCAGACACAUCCUGACUUCUAGUUUUUGAAUGUAAAUCACUUAAUACUGGUAUUAAAAUCAGAAACAGA